AAAAAAAAAAGAAAAAAAAAAGAAAAGAAAAUAUGAAGAGAAAGAAAAUAAAUUGCAAUACAUUAUAUAUAAACAGUUAUAUGUACCGAGUAUGCAUUAAGGUAUGCAUGAAAUUUUGUUGAAAUUAUUGUUAAUCAUACGCCCUACUCACUUGUUCAUAUAGCUUAGAAUUUCGAAUAAACAAAAGCAAAAAAAUUGAUUGUCGCAAAAGCAAGGAGAAACCAAAAAAAAAUUACUGUUUCAGAGCGAUUGCGGGGCGGAGUACGUGAGUAGAACGUACAGUGUAUUCGUUGUGUGUUUGUGAGACUAGUGCGUGUAUGCGCGUUUUUUAAGUGUUGAUAGAUAAGUAAGGAUUGUGUACGUCUUUCACGGUAUUAUGUUAAUAUAUAUAUAACGCAUUUCUAAUUUUUAUUAUAUUAUUUAUCUUAGUGUGUGCAGCUAUCACGUUUUCUUGUCCAUGCACUGAGGGAAAUAUGAAUUUAGAUUAAGCGAAAUUUAAGCAAAAAUCUUUGAACGCCGAAAAAAAACUCAUACACACCAAGAAAAUAAGGAGAACAAAUGAAUUUGAAACUUUAGCUGCAAAAUGAAAAUAUCAACAAACUAUUCUCGAUGAAACAAAGCAUUUUUGUACUCAUACCAACAGCAGUGACAAGGAAUAACGUGAGAUAUAAGCUUUUGCUUCUACAUGGAAUUGCGUGAGAGGCCUUCAGGCGUGACAGGAUAGGUCAUAGGGGAGAUAUAGAAGGAUGCAUCGACUGUGUGGUUUGUCAUAACAGGUAAAAUUAAUGGGAAAUAUUACCAUCAAUAGAGCUAGCAGCACAUAGAUCAAGAUUACUUGGAAUCUUUUAAAAGGCAUAAGUCAGCGUAACAUCAUCACCGGUAACGCAAUUUCUUGCUUUGGCGGCACCUUACGAGUUAACAGGAAAAAAAGAAAUCAAAAACUACAUCAACUUCUUAAGAAAAAAAAAAAGUUGUUUUCUACUAAAACAACGACAUUUACCCACGUUGCGUAAUGCAAACAAACAGCGUCAUUAAGAGAUAAUACGAUUUUUUAAGGAUCACUAACUGAUUAAGGAUAAGUUAUUUAUGUGGUUCUUCAAAAUCUUGCAGUAUAAUUGGCGAAAUAUGCGUGCCAAUGGUAGUCGCAUCGUCGAGAAAUAAAUGAGACAAUUCAAUACCGAACCGUAACUUGUAUAAGCAAGCAUUCAAUUCUGAAAUUACUAUCAAUUUUUAGAAGAGAAAUUUAACAUUGUAAUCACUUGGGAUCUUACACUGCAAGCAAGAGAGAGAGAAAGAGAGAGAGAGAAAGAAAGAAAGAAAGAAAGAAAGAGAGUGAGAGAGAGAGAGAGAGUGCAAAACCAUGAAACAUUCGAAUAUUUUCAUACACAAAGACAUGAUGGAACUCGGUUAAUCUAAUGUAUAUACAAGAUUUAUGCGUGAACAGGCAAGAAAGGCAUCGCGCGACUGCACGAACUGUGAACCAGUCACUUUCAAAUUCAUGAAGUAUUGUCAAUUCACAAUUUCAUUACUAAACGCCUAACACAUUUUCUCCGCUAUAACUGUGCUGUGACCAUAAUACCAUUUCGAAAAUCUGCAACAAGAGCUUUUCAGUAUAACUCAAUAUAAUCGAUAUCCUAGACACUUCAAUUGUUUUCGCACAACGAUUGGUUAUAGUCGAAAUAUAUAUAAAAACGUGCAUCGAAUUGGGUGACUUAGGGCGGCGCAGGCAACAGCGCUAUAGUAUAUACGUGCUGGGGUCAUGGAGCCGCCUGGCGGGCUUCCGCCAGAGAGAGACCGUCAAGUAAUCGUAAAACAAUUAACACUAAAGGAACGUCCGGAUAUUGAGUUAAGUAUUGAAAACUCUAUGAGAAGCACCAGUCCACCCACUACCGUAUCCAGUAGCUCAUAUCCGGCUCUUGCUUGUACGGCCACAACUUAUUCGGCUGCUACACAGGUUGCUACUACGUUCAGUGCAAUCUCUUCAGGACACACGCCCACAAAACAACGUCACACCUCACAGCAUCAACAUGCAGCGGCCCCCAAUCCUUCUUUAUUAUCCCAACAGAGCGGUAGCGGUACACAUUUGGCUAUGGCGCAAUGUGCGAAUAGCCAACAAUCCCAGCAGGCCCUAGAGAAAUUGUCACGGCCCAUGGCAUUUGAUAAGAUGGAGUCCUUGGUGCGUGAGAUGCAAGAUCCUGAGCAUGGUGUUCCAGUGCGUCAACAGAAGAUGUUUUUAACUUCGAUUCCUUAUGCUUUUAUGGGAUAUGAUCUAAUCGAAUGGCUGAUGGAUCGCCUUUUAAUUGAAGAGUCAGAAGCAUUAAAUAUCGCCAAUCAAUUAUGCUUACAUGGUUAUUUCUUCCCCGUCAAUGACACCAAGACGUUAACCGUUAAAGAUGAUUCAUCUUUGUAUCGUUUUCAAACGCCUUACUAUUGGCCAUGGCAGCAUAAAGCUCCUGAUAAUGUUGAAUAUGCCAUAUAUUUGGUUAAGCGAUCAAUGCGAAAUAAACAGCGACAUGCAUUGGAAGACUAUGAAAUGGAAGCUUUAGCAUCGUUGCAUAAAAAUCUUAAAGGAAAAUGGGAAAUCAUCAAAAUGCAGGCUGAAGAGCAAGUACGGUUGGCAAAGGAGCGCAAAAAAGGCGAAAAAAUUGUGGGUGAUUCGCAGGAGCGAGCCUAUUGGCGUGUACAUCGUCCGCCACCGGGUCAAUUUACUCCGUUAGAACCAUGUCCAGUCCCAUCCAGAGAUCGUCAAGGGACAAAGCAGAAUAAAAAGAAAACCAUUGAAGAUGUGCAGAGGGAAGUUGAUUACUUAAGAAAAUCGUUAAAUCGCACUAGAAUGAAGAUGUCACAGGCCUGUGAAUCGCUGGUAGCUUACUCGGAAACAUUUAUCGAAUACGAUUUCUUUCUGCAGCCAGUUUUACCCUCCAAUCCAUGGGUGACAGAGGACAUUACAUUCUGGCAGUUAAAUAACACAUUUGUAGACAUACCUACAGAGAAGCGAGUGAAACGUUGGGCAAUAUCGAUAGAAGAAUUAGUAUCGGAUCCUACGGGCCUUCAAGAGUUUACCACAUUUCUGGAAAAAGAAUAUUCUCAUGAAAACAUUCGUUUCUGGAUAGCAGUAAAUCGUCUUAGACGUUCAGCACAUUCUCAAGUAUCACGUAAGGUCCAAGAGAUAUAUGAGGAAUUUCUUAAGCCAGGUGCUCCAUGUGAAAUCAAUAUCGAUGGUAAGACUAUGGAAAGUGUAUUGAAAGGCCUUGACCACCCUUCACGUUUCACCUUUGAUGCCGCCUCCGAACAUAUUUAUAUGCUUCUUUUGAAAAAGGAUUGUUAUCCACGCUUUAUUCGCUCUGAGCAUUACAAACGCUUAUUAGAGACUGGCAUACAACCGGCUCAUAAAAAACGUUUCUUCAAUUUUGGUGGCGUAGGUGGAGCCAAGAAGAGAAUGACUGCCGCUUUGUCCAGUCAGGCGAUGCCGGGUGGCAAUGAAAGUAGUAAGGUUUCGGCCAGUGUAAGCAGUGCGACUAUGAUACAAGCACCGCCACCGCCCGGUAGUUUGGCUAGGCGACGUGGCAGUGAUCGUAGUCUUAGUGGUUCAGCUCAUGAAUUGGCUGUUUUAGGCGUAAAUAAAGACGCUACCAAUAAAGUGCCACAUUCGCAUUCGCAGAGCAAUCUCAGCGAAAUUCCGUACAGAGAGGCACCCAAGCCAAAGACCACUCGUUUGGAAUCUGCAAGCGAUUGUAAUGCUGCCAGCAGUGCUGUAUGCCCCUGGGAUACGCCAGAGGAAUUAUCGGCCCCUCAGACGCCAGCAAGCAAAUCCGUUAAGGAAUUACUUGCACCGGCUUCUGUGCAGCUUUCAGUUUGUCCUUGGGAUCAGCAAUACGAAUUAAAUGCUCCUCUACCCAAAGCAAACGCUCAGCGUCUAACUAGCACUUCUUCUGACAACAGCGAAACCAAUGACCGCGUGCAACGCAAUUUGGUUAUGCGCCACCAGAACACUGUAGACAGCGGUGAGACUAGCAUGAAACGUUUAUUGCCACAUUUAACUGAACAACGAAGAGCCUCAGUGUCUUUUACACCGAGUCGCAUUUCAGAGUUUCCAUUAGGACAACCGUCCACUAGUAACAAAAUUUCUCCUACGCCUUCACCUACUGUCGGCAAUCAACAUUUGGCGAUAUUUCCGACUAUAUUUAAGCCAUUACAAGUGGCGCAAGGUGCCACUGCUGCAGCAGCCACUUUGGGUAAUGUCGUCACCCAUACGGGUGGCAAUAUUAGUAAAGAUCCACCUUCUAUUUCUGAUGGUGAGGUGGAAGAAUUGAAUAAACUCUCUAUCUCGGAGCGGAACAGUGAGUCAUCGGCCUCCGAACUGCCAGUACUGCCGACACCGACACCUACACCCACACCUCCACCCACUCCCACGCCACCACUUCUUACAAAAAUUACUCCACCAGACGAGGAGAAAGUUCAAAAUCAGUUAAGAGAAAUUCAAACACCACUUAAUGAAAGUAGGGAUAAAGAAACGCGUAGUGGCGAAAAUUUGCUAUUAACUGAAGAGCAGUUCGUAGCAGAAGUCGAUGCUGAGGUGCAGGAGGUUCAAAUUGAGCUAUUUGAGGCUACAACUAGUGAGGGGUAUCAGAAAUUAUGCGAAAGUCAAGAAGUCGCAGAAGUGAGUGCUCCUGCUGUUAACGUUGUGGAAGAAGAAAGUGGAGACAAAAUUGACUGUCAGUUGACAUUACCUUCAUCCCAGUCCCCGAAAUACUUAAGGGCAGAUAUUUUAAGCAAAGAACAGUUUCAGCAAGAUACGAACGAACUAAUGAAAGUCCAGAGCCCUGAGGUCUCUUCUAAUAAUAGUUCUGAAAAGGCAACUACGAACGUGGAUGACGGUAAUGUUUCAGAAGCUGUAGUAAAUGAAUUCACGCAAAAACCAGAUCUUUCUGCGUUAGAAGAUACUAGUGAAUAUUUUGCUGGUCCAGAAGAGUUGUCGCCCACUACAGAUGAAUAUCAAGAAGGUUUGCAAUUCGGUGCCGAAGAUAAGGAUAUUUAUGAUUAUGAGCUAGGUAUUUCCGAAGCCGGAUAUAUAGCACCCGCCUCUACACCGGCUCCUACUAUGGCUCCUUUAGCCGAAAUGGAUACCGAUACAGUAGAUGACGAGCCAAGUGAAGAAGUAAAACCUAAGGAACCACCACCAAUACCAACAUCGCCACCAAUAUUAAUGAAACCAUUAAAAUUUCCUGCGUGUCCCGCACCUAAAUAUAGUAACGAUGAGGUGAAAAAGCGCCGUAAGAAACGUCAUAUGGACGGUAAAAAAUUUGCCUCUACCGAAGACAAGGAAAAAGACAAAGAAAAAGCAACAACCUCUACCGCAGCGGCAGCCGCAACAGCACCAGCUACUUCUAAAGAUGCAAGUGCCAAAAAUGAUACGGAUUUGGCUACAGUGUGCCCAUGGGAAGAUGAAUUCAUCUACAGAAAUGUCUCAACGAGUGACGGCACAUUUGUAAAGACCUAUGCCACCCUCGGAUACUUAUGAAUAAAACCCAAUCUUUUUAAAAGCGUGGUCAAUAAACUACUAAAACGUAAGAACUUUAAGAAAUGAUAUAAAAUCCCAGAAAAUAGAAAAUUACAUUAUAUAGCACUUAGUGACAUUAUAAAUUAUUUACUUUAAGGUCGUUUUAAUAUAUGAAUAGCACACAUGGAUAUAUUCAUAUAAGAGGUUAUUUAAUUGCUGAAUAUAUAUAUAUAAAAUGAAGAAAAUUAUUAUAUAAAAGAUAUAUUGAGAUGAUGAAAAAUGUUGGCUGAUUUCAUAGAAUUAUAACUGCAACUAUGAUAAAACUAUUAACUAUUAAGGUAAACUAAGCUUAUUAUCAACUGUUUAUAUAGUUUUAGAAUUUAAAAGUAAAUGUGAGUUAGUCUGCUUCGAGCAAUGAGCUAACGAGCAAAGAAAGUGUGACAGAUCAAAAAGAGAAGAGCAUUUUGUAAUGUGAAGGGCAGCCAAUUUUU